UUUUUCUACGACGGUAUUUUGGCACAACACCGGAAGUGUGACGUUCAUCUAGGGAACGCCCCCUUUUCAUUCAUUCAACAAAAACAGUUUUUAUUAUAAGAGGAUGAUUUAAUGUCUCUGUUCUGAUAUUUACCUCUAAAAUACAAGGCUCAUGGCUACAAAACGCAAAGUAGAGGUGAUUGUCCCCGCAGAGGAGAGCGACCAGCUUCUUAUCCGUCCGCUGGGUGCUGGUCAGGAGGUUGGACGGUCAUGUAUAAUUCUGGAGUUCAAAGGAAGGAAAAUUAUGCUGGACUGUGGGAUCCACCCUGGCUUGGAAGGAAUGGAUGCCCUCCCUUACAUAGACUUGAUAGACCCAGCAGAGAUAGACCUGCUGCUAAUCAGCCACUUCCACUUGGAUCACUGUGGAGCUCUUCCCUGGUUCCUCCAGAAGACCAGCUUUAAAGGCCGGACCUUCAUGACCCACGCUACGAAGGCCAUCUACCGCUGGUUACUGUCAGACUACGUCAAAGUCAGCAACAUCUCUGCAGACGACAUGCUGUACACUGAGACCGACCUGGAGGAGAGCAUGGACAAGAUUGAGACCAUCAACUUCCAUGAAGUCAAGGAAGUGGCUGGGAUCAAGUUCUGGUGUUACCAUGCAGGUCAUGUGCUGGGAGCUGCCAUGUUCAUGAUAGAGAUAGCUGGAGUAAAGCUGCUCUACACCGGAGACUUCUCCCGUCAAGAGGACAGGCAUCUGAUGGCAGCUGAGAUCCCCAGUGUCAAACCUGACAUCUUAAUCAUAGAGUCGACCUAUGGCACACAUAUCCAUGAAAAGCGUGAGGAGCGUGAGGCUCGGUUCUGUAACACUGUCCAUGAUAUUGUUAACAGAGAAGGCCGCUGUUUAAUCCCUGUGUUCGCUUUGGGACGGGCCCAGGAACUACUGCUCAUCCUGGAUGAGUACUGGCAGAACCACCCAGAGCUCCAUGACAUCCCCAUCUACUACGCCUCAUCCCUGGCCAAGAAGUGCAUGGCCGUGUACCAGACCUACGUGAACGCAAUGAACGACAAGAUCCGCAAAGCCAUCAACAUCAACAACCCUUUUGUCUUCAAGCACAUCAGCAACCUCAAGAGCAUGGAUCACUUUGAUGACAUCGGUCCCAGCGUGGUGAUGGCGUCUCCGGGUAUGAUGCAGAGCGGGCUUUCCAGAGAGCUCUUUGAGAGCUGGUGCACAGAUAAGAGGAACGGAGUCAUCAUCGCUGGAUACUGCGUGGAGGGGACGCUGGCCAAGCACAUCAUGUCAGAGCCAGAGGAGAUCACCACCAUGUCCGGGCAGAAGCUGCAGCUGAAGAUGUCUGUGGACUACAUCUCCUUCUCUGCUCACACAGACUACCAGCAGACCAGCGAGUUCAUCAGGGCUCUUAAGCCACCACAUGUGAUCCUGGUCCACGGGGAGCAGAAUGAGAUGGCUCGUCUGAAAGCAGCAUUGAUCAGAGAGUAUGAAGAUAACGACCAGGUUCACAUUGAAGUCCACAACCCUCGGAACACAGAAGCGGUCACUCUUAACUUCAGAGGAGAGAAACUGGCCAAGGUGAUGGGCUCUCUGGCUGAUAAGAAGUGUGCUCAGGGUCAGAGGGUGUCGGGCAUUCUGGUGAAAAAGAACUUCAACUACCACAUCCUUAAUCCCUCUGACCUUUCAACAUACACAGAGCUGGCCAUGAGCACGGUGAAACAGUCCCAGGCCAUCCCCUUCACUGGACCUUACUCUCUGCUCGUCUGCCACCUCAGGAACCUCACAGGUGAUGUUGAAGAGCUGGAUGGAACCGAGAAGAACACUUUGAAGAUCUUUAAGAACAUCACUCUCAUCCACGAGGUUGGCAUAGUGGUGCUAGAGUGGGUAGCGAACCCUCUCAACGACAUGUAUGCUGAUGCUGUCACCACCGUAGUGCUGGAGGUGCAGUCAAACCCAAAAGCUCAGAAAGUCAUGGAAACCCAGAGUACCAUCAUGGACAUGGACGUUUUCCAGACCCGGUUGGGAGUCAUGUUGCAGGACAUGUUUGGAGAGGAGUGUGUGGAUUUCAGCGAUGGUAAAAACAUCUCUCUGACAGUUGAUGGGAAGACGGUGAAUAUUUGCUUGGAAACUCGGUCGGUGUGUUACGAGGAUGAGAGCACCGAGGAUGACUCCCUGAGAGAGAUGGUGGAGCUGGCGGUGCAGCGGCUGUAUGAUGCACUGAACCCGGUCAUUUGAGGGCGGAUACACGACUGCAGGCAGGAGGUUUUAAGAAGCAGGAGACAAACUUUGUCCAGUUCAGACGUCAUACUUCACAAUCCGAAACACUAAUUUAAUUAAAUCUCAACAGGCAGCUUUUAUUAACAUGUUCAAAAGUGAAACACAUCCGCUUGAAUCAAAGGGACUGUUCUAUCUGACAGAUCAGUGUGUCAUCCAUAAAUAUCAUGUACCUAAUAACCUUUUAAACCAGUGCAGAGGAUUUGUUCAAUCAUAAGGGAAUUCACCUGCCAGGUUAGAAGCAGUUUGUUUUUAUUCUAACUCUUCAAAUGACUGAGGAAAGUGACCACUCAAAUGGAGAAGGAAAUAAGCUGUGUAGAUAAUUCCUUUUUUAAUAUAUUUUAAAAUUGUUGUUGUUUUUUUGUCAUACAAGCACUUUUAAUUAUUUAUAAUAAGUUUGAGUAUUCGUUAAAAUGCAGUGUAUGUGUUUACGACCUGAUUUUGUGACUGAUUUGCACUGAUCCAACAGACUUGUUAACUUUAAUUGUGAUGUAAAAUGCACUUAACGUUUGUGUUCCUCAUGAUGUUUGAAAAAGACUUUUACAAAACCUUGA